UGAUUGAGAGACUGUCCCAUUGUAUUGUUGCCAUAUAUAUAUUAAUAUGUUCCGUUUAUUGUCAAGAUGGUGCAAACAGUUCCUUAACAUUUGUUAUUGACAAUACAGUGUCCAUGGCUAAAGAUAUAAAAAUGGUAAUAAAAUGUGCUGACCAAAUCUUCGAUACUGUUGUCAAUUCCAACAAAUCUGAGAUUGGAAAUUUCGUCAUUGUGACGUUUAAUGAUCCAGAUUACGAAUUGCGUAUUACAACUAACAAGAAAGAAGAAUUCAAAGACUCGUUACAGAAGAUUAGAGCAUAUGGCGGUGGUGAUUGUCCCGAAAAGUCGAUGUCAGGAAUUGAACUCGGCCUUAAAUCUAGUCAGCCGUUUUCCUAUAUAUUUGUUUUUACUGACGCCAGUGCGAAGGAUACGGAAAAGUUUGAAUUUGUUAAAAAUUUAGCGUUGAAUUUAAAUAUAAAGAUGCAUUUCAUUAUAACGGAAGUCUCGUGUCCAGGUGAUAAAAAUCCCGAUUUCAAACCAUAUGAGACGUUAGCUUCGAAAACCGGAGGUGAUUUCUUUAUUAUGAGGAAAAACAAUAUACCAGAAAUAUUGGAAUACGUAAAAAGGUUGAUAGGAAGUAAAAAAGUUGAAAUAUUGAGAAGAAAUUUCUCACCGGAAGAAGAAAAGAAAGUUAAUGUAACACUGGAUUCAUCAAUAAAAGACCUAUUGGUUACUGUAACUGGUGUUAAGCCAGUGAUUCAUAUCAAAGACAAGCUAAACGCUACAGUUCUCACUGACGAUGUCGCGAAAACAAAAAGAGCAAAAAUAGUUGCCUGGAAUAACACAGAACCAGGAGCUUACCACAUUGCUUUAGAGACGGCUAAUAGUACAAUGAAUACAUUAUUAAUAAUACGUGGCACAAGUAAAGUUACUUUUACUUAUGGAUUUUCGGUACUUAAGCCUGAAUAUAUGAACGAAACAACAAAUCGACCUGUUGCAGAUCAAAAAUCUUACGUCUUAAUAAAACUAAAAACUGAAGGCGUAAAUGUUAAUCUCCAAAGGAUUCAAGUCGUCGAUUUGAAAGAAAAAGUACUUUUGGAUAAACCAAUGACUAUUAUUGAGAAAGAUGAUCUGUGUUAUAUUUCAGAACCAAUCGCUUUUCCUAAAGAUACAUUCAAAAUAGUGAUGAUAGCAGAGGAUGAAGAAACGAAAGAAAUUAUAAAACGUAAUUCUUUACCGAUAGAGCUGCAAAAAAUGUUACCAGGUACCAUUAAAGACGAAGCACCUAAAGUUACAAUAACGGGUGACGCUAAAGUGAUGUCUUCUUAUGCAAGUCCUGUUAAACUAACUUGUAGAGUAACUGGACAUCCUAAACCUAACAUAAUAUGGACAGAUGAGUUGGGUUCGCCCUUGAAAUUUAUGGUUCUAACGCUAAGAGAGGAAUAUGAAUUUCUUAGUGUAUUGGAUAUAGAUAAAGUAAACCGAAACAACACAUACAUUUGCAAAGCUAGUAACAGUAUUAGCAGAGAUGAAAAAAGUGUUAAAGUGGAAAUGAAAAAAUUUUUCAAUGUAGUUAAUCUGUCUAAGGAUAAAAAGGUAGAGUAUGGUAAAGAGGAACAGAUUUACUGCAAAGUAAACUCAAGCCCACCCGCUAAAGUAACUUGGUUGUUAAAUGGAAAAGAAGUUAACGCUGAUGACAAUAUUAGUAUAUCACCAGACCAAUCUACUUUACUUAUAAGAAAAAUGAAACCCGAAUAUGUCGGGAAAAUUCUUUGUGAAGUUAGAAACCUGAACAACGAAAGGCUUGUUCUACAUAAUAUGCAACUGACGAUAACAGGAAUUGAGGCUCCAAAAAUCGAUAAUAAAAUUACUGAAAUCUCCAUCAAUAAAGGAUCCAAUGCAACAAUUUCUUGCAGGAUUCUGAAAGGAAAACCAAAUCCAACGAUCCAAUGGUAUUUUAAGGCUAAAAAUAAGGAUUCAUUUUAUCCAAUAGAAGAAUUUAAAGAAGACAUACGUAUUGACAAGGUAACUGCCAAUGUUGUUGGGACCUACAAGUGUAUUGCGAAGAAUGAAAUUGAUAAAGACUCUCAUAUUGUAGAUUUACUUAUGGAAUAUACACCUGUUAUCAAGGGUAAAAAACAUAUUGAUGUCGUAAAAGAAAUUGGAAAAUCAGUCACAAUACAUUGUGAAAUUCAAGGAGAACCAGCUCCAAAGAUAAAUUGGUCAAUAAAUGGCGCAAUAGUCGAGAAUACUGAGAUUUACAAAAUAUAUAAAGAUCACACUUUAACUUUUAAAGCUUCAAUGAAAACAAUGGGAGAGUAUUCUUGUGAAGGUGUGAAUAAAUUAGGAUCUGUCAAAACAACUGCAAAUGUCAGCGUUUUUGAACCAGUUAGUUUUGAUAAACCCAGUGAUUUGAUGAUUAAUAUUAAGAGUGGUCAGACAUUAGACAUAUUGUGUCCAGUGAAGGGAUUCCCGCGACCAAAGACCCAAUGGGUUUUCUAUUCAAAUGAUGGCAAGGAACAAAGUGUUCUCAGUGAAACAGACCAUUUAGUAGUUUCAACUAUUCAGGAGAGACAAAAUGGUUUAUAUGUUUGUAUUGCGAAAAAUCCCUUUUGUGAAGAGAAGUCUCUUACAUACAUUGUCAAUGUUCAAGUGCCCCCUUCUAUAAAACCAGAAGUAAAAAUUGAAGCGGUUGAAGGUGAUAUAAGUGCAAGAAUACCAUGUAAUACCAUUGGACAUCCAAAGCCAACAAUAAGAUGGUUAUUUGAAGGCAAUCCUUUAGCUACAGGAAACGAAUUCUAUGAUAUGGAUUCAGAUGGAACUUUGAUUAUUAAGAGUGUCAGAAAAACGGUAUCCGGAAAUUAUGUUUGUGUUGCCGAAAGCAGUUUCGGAGAAGUAUUUGGAAAUUUUAAAUUAACUGUUGAUGCAUAUCCACGUAAAGGUGGUAAAGUAAGUCAAAUGUAUUUGGAAACCGGGAAAUCUGCAGUAGUAAAAUGCAAUGUACCUCAUACUGCUACAGACAAAGUACGAUGGUACCAGGGAAGAUAUUUGAAAGCCCACGGUGACUUAGUAAUCAAUCGUUACUCCAGAAGUGACACUUAUAAAUGCCGUGUAAGCAAUUAUUACAAUUCUGUCACUGGCACUGUGCGUAUCAAAACAGGAUUUAAACCGCGAUUCGCAUUUCCGUUAGAGGAAAAACAAGUAAUGUUUUAUGACCCCGAUCCUUGCCUGAACUGUGGAUAUAGUGCAAACCCAAAACCGAAGAUUUCUUGGUGGAAAAAUAAAAAUAAAAUUGUCUUUUCUGAAGACAAUUAUUGUUGUUAUACUGCUGCUUGUAUUGGAGAAUACGAAUGUGUUGUUGAAAACGAAUUGGGAAAAAUUAAUCGGACAUUUUAUAUAGCAGGCGAUGACUGUUUGUUGGAUAUAAAAGAUGAUUUGGAUAGAUAUCACCCACUUGUACUUAAUGAAGACAACAAAUUUCCCGCUUUCUCGGUUAAAGAUGGACAUUUAGCUAUACCUUUUGGUCACAGCGCCCAAUUUUUCUGUCAAGAUGGUUUUAAUAAGUUCACAAAUUCGUUAUUAAAAGCAGAAUGUGUGAACAGUCAAACAUUUAAAAUAAACGGAGAACAGGUACUUUAUCCUAAAUUGAAAUGCAAGGAAGCUUUACAGCCAGUCACAAUACGAACAGAUAAAAAUUGUGCAAACGGUAAUGGAGAAAUCUUCAAAAUUGGUAUAAAUGUUACAAUGUUUCUGGAAGUGUAUAAAAUAUGUUUUCACAAAAAACUUAAAAUUCCUUUGUACGGUGAGUAUGAGUUAACAGCUUUAGCGGCCGGUGUAAACUGUGCAUCACCAGAAACAUGGUUUAACGGAGAUGUGCUAAAUUACAACAAAGAUGAAAUGUACGAUUGUAAGCAACAAAGGAAUUAUCUAUCCGGAAUACUAGGGAGAGAUUUACCUGGUAAGGAAGAUGAGUGUUUUGGCGUCAGACAACUUGUAAACGAAAGAGACGUACCAGCAGGUUUUCCACAAAUGUUGACUCAUAGUUAUCUAAAUGUUAUUCCACAUUGGAACUCUGAUGUCAUGAAGAAUUGGGAUGUUUUAGAAGAAUUACUAAGAAAAGUAGUAAGAAAAAGGCACACACGAUAUACUAGAUCAACUAUAACUAUAAGAACGGGUAUAUUUCAAAAUUUUCGGCAGAUUGUAGGAAAGUCAGUUGCCCCUUCUAAUAUAUACAUAAGCGAUAAAGCUGGAUACAAGAAUAUACUGCCGGUGUUUUUAUGGAAGGUGAUAACAGACCAAUUAAGUGCCGCAAGUGUUGCUAUAAUUCAAGUGACAAUACCAGAAUCAUUAAUAGGCGACGACAUAAAGAAAUUUGAGAUAUGUCCCAAUAAAUGUGAUAUGAUAGAAUGGAUUAAAGAGAUUGACGCUGAUUAUUUACAAAGUGGCUACAUGUACUGCUGUAGUAUUGGGGAAUUUGAAAAAGCAUUUUCACAUCGUGUUUUAUUCAGUGUGGGUUAUAGUAAUCUUUUAAAUGUAUUCACCAGUUGAAACGUUUUGUUAUUCUAAUUUUUAUUCUAUAUUAAAUAAGAUGGUUAAGGUUUUUGUUUUA